UCCAAAUCCAUCCCUCCUCCUCUACUCCUCUCCUGAAAAACCCAUCCAUCCACCCACCAUGUGCCACACCAGCUGCUCCUCUGACUGCCAGCCAACCUGCUCCGUGCCCGUGUGCUGCAAGCCCGUCUGCUGUGUCCGUCCUUGCUGCCGCCCGGCCUCCUGUGUGGCCCUGCUGUGCCGUCCAGCGUGCCCUGUGGUGACCAGCUGCCAGGCAGUCUGUGGAGCUGGCAGCUGCUCCCCUUCCUGUUGUGUGUCCAGCCCCUGCCAGUCCAGCUGCUGCCAGGCUAGUCCCUGCAGCCCCUCUUGUGUGUCCAGCUCCUGCCAGUCCAGCUGCUGUGUGUCCAGCCCCUGCCAGUCUGCCUGCUGUGUGCCUGUCUGCUGCAAACCUGCUGUGUGCGUGCCUGUCCGCUGCAAACCUGUGACCUGUGGGCUCCCCUCCUGCCAGGUCUCCUGCUGCCAACCAGUUUCCUAUACAACCUUGGUCUGCAGACCCACCUGUGCCCCUUCCUGCAGCUCUCCAGCCUCCGCCAAGGCUGGCGAACCUUCAUCCUCGUCAGCCACCCCUCGAGUCGCCUUCCGGUCCAACCGGCGGCCACUUCUUGCUCCCCCUCUCGCCUUGAGCCCCUACACUCUCGCUCCGACGUCACUGAACGGAAGCUGCCCCGCUGGCCAAUCAGAUCGCUGUGUCGCCCCCGGGUCCCCUGUGGUUGGGCCCGGCCAGUUGCCCCACCUUCCGGCUUCCUGGCCCCUGCCAGGGCCCACCCUCCUGCUCCCCCCUGCUGCCCACCCCUGGCGGGGCUUCCUGGCCGGCCUCUUAAGCCCCAGUUCUGCUGCCUUCCCCUCCGGGCAGCCUCUCUGCGUCCCCGUGUGCUGCAAGCCCAGCUGCUGCAUCUCCCUGCCCAGCUGCUCUGUGACCACAUCCUGUUGCCCCACCUCCUGCUGCUGCCCGUCCAGCUGCUGCCCCCCGGCCUCCUGCGUGUCCCUCAUCUGCCGGCCCGUGUGCAGCCCAGCCUCCUGUUAUGUGCCUGUCUCCUGCAAACCCCCUUACUGCGCACCCACGUCUUCCUCCUCUUCUUGCUGCACACCCUCCUGCUAUCCAGCCACCACCUGCUGCCGCCCUGCCUCCUAUGUGGCCCUCGGCUGCCGGCCCACCUGCUGCAAACCCAUCUGCUGCACUCUCAGCUGUGGCCAGAAAUCUUGCUGUUGACCACAGGGUGCUGCUCUCUGUCCCCCUGGCUGAUGCCCUUUGUCUCUCCCCCACCCCGGGCCCGACUUCAGUGGGCCUCUGGGUUCCUUCUCCGGGCAUCAGCUUCAGCAUCUGACCAGCCACCCACCACCAUCCCACCUUGCAGAGACCGCACAGACAUCAAGACACAGCGAACAGCUCCGCCAGUGGAACCAAUGCCAGUCCUCCUCUACACCAUGGCUGCCCCCAGCCUCGGCACCCGCUUCAGUGUGCACCCGGCCCCACCGCUUGCAGCCCCCUGGCAGGCUCUCUCUCAGCUCAUGCCCGCACCCAGCCCCACCGCUUGCAGCCCCCUGGCAGGCUCUCUCUAAGCUCAUGCCUGCACCCGGGCCCACUGCUUGCAGCCCCUGGCAGACUCUCUCUAAAGUCAAAGUGCUCGGGGAUGGCCCUGGCCACUGCCCUCCUGGUAAUAAACGGCAUCAACUCAC